AUGGCCUCUCAAGUUGGCAGCACGCAGACCGAACUGUGGCCGCAGAUCGUCGACCGUCUCGCUCGAGAACAGCCCAGUGCGCCCUACGGCCUCUGGCCAGUGGCCACUGACUCAUACAAUGCGGGCUUCCGCACCAUCACAUACAGUCAGCUUGCGACUAUCGUCGACAACCUCGCGUGGUGGAUUGCGAGGGAGCUCGGGCCGCGCCAGGGCGAAGCUGGCGUCCUGACCUAUGUGGGCCCCAACGAUGUUCGCCUCACUGCCAUGAUCAUCGCUGCUGUCAAGGCCAACCACGUGCUGUUCCUGACGUCGCCUCGCAACAGUCCCGCCGCGCAGCAAUCCAUGUUUUCGGCCCUGAACUGCAAGACACUGGUCACGACUGACCCCAAACCCCCGUCAGUGCUACCGAUUCUUGAGAGCAUCGGGCCCCGCUGCCUCACAGUACCUGCCAUCGAUGACCUCCUGGCAGUACCACCUUCGCCCUUUGCCUACGAGAAACCAUUCGAGGCAGGACGUUGGGAUCCACUCUUUGUGCUACACACCUCUGGCUCAACUGGGAUACCCAAACCCCUGAUAUGGACACAAGAGUCGUGCGUGCGACAUCAUGCUUGUGCCAGCCAGGCGAUCCCCAACGAGCAAGGCCUGGCAUCAGUCGAGCAUAUCUUGUGGGGAAAGCGGGUGAUAGUAACAGUGCCGUCCUUCCAUGGAGCUGGCAUAUUGCAGUACAUGUGCUGGGCGGUCUGUGCGGGCUGUAUUCCAAUUGCGCCUGCUGCCGUCGGCAUCGUAACAGCCUCCGGGCUCGCUGAGGCCCUCAAGCACACGCCCGCCGAGGUCGCAAUCCUCGUGCCUUCGGUGGUGGCCGACCUCGCCCAGCAUCCACAUCUGCUGACGUACUGCGCGGGCCAUCUCAAGCUGAUCCUCUAUAUCGGCGGCGACCUGCCCCAGGCAGUCGGCAAUAUAGUUGCAGCGCAGAUCCCACUGCGAUGCUGGUGGGGGGCUUCCGAGGUGGGCAUACCACACCAGCUGAUACCGGCCGGCCUCAGUUCCAAGGACUGGCGAUAUGUGCGCUUCCACCCCUCAGUCGGGGCAGUAUUUGACCCGAUCUCUGACGAUACAUACGAGCUCGUGAUCCGGCGCGAUGAAACCCUGGCUCAGGUAUCCUUCACUAUCAGGGGCCAGGAAGGACUCAAAGAAUACCGUACCAAAGACUUGUUCCAGCCUCAUCCUACCGUUCCAGACGCGUGGUGCUGGCGAAGCCGGUCAGACGAUAUUAUUGUCCUGCUGAAUGGUGAAAAGACCAACCCUGUCUCCAUGGAGCAGCAUAUCGUUGCUCAUAACCACGAACUAGCUGCUGUCUUGGUGGUUGGUACUCGGCGCUUCCAGACUGCUCUACUGAUCGAGCCUGCUGCCCUCGCUGAGAGAGGUCCCCUAUCAACAUCCGAACAGGCUGCACUGAUCGAGCGGGUCUGGCCGUCUGUUCAAGAAGCUAAUGCCGUCGCGCCAGCCCAUGCGCGAGUUGAGAAGGCCCUGAUCCUCGUGCUGGACCGCCCUGUGCUACGGGCUGGGAAAGGCACAAUCCAGCGUGCCUCGAGCGUCGAGCAGUUUAGUGCUGAGAUCGAGGCCCUAUACGCCAACGCCGACGUCAUCACAGACGACGAGAAUCGCCCGGGCGAGGCGUCUUGGGACCUCACGGAUGCUGCGAGCAUCGCCCGUUUCAUACAAGAGACUGUCAGUGAUGUGACCGGCUGGCCUGCUCCUGACCAAGCUGAGACUGCUGAGACUUUCUUUGACCGCGGUAUGGACUCCCUCAUGGCGCUUCAGCUGGUCAGGCGCCUGCGGCAUAGCCUACAGCGCCCUGAGCUUAGCCUGUCCACGGUCUACUCAAAUCCGACAGUAUCUCAGCUGAGCCACGCGAUCACAGCGCACAAGACUGGACAGGAGGACAGUGACGCCUCGCAGCUAGAACCUAUGCUGAAGACAUAUCGUGCGCUUAUCGAGCAGAUACCCAAGCCGAAGAUGGAUAUGUCUGGCUCCGAGGGGGAGAGAAAGAAGCAGCCUCUUACAGUCGUCCUAACAGGGUCCACUGGCACGGUGGGGACAUUCCUCCUGCGCGCCCUGCUCGACCGACCAGAGAUUGGGCGCGUCUACUGUCUGAACCGCUCUGAAGAUGGCGGCCAGGCUAUACAGAAGGCGCGGAUGGCUGAGAGGGGGCUGGAGCUGGCUGAUCUGGGCGAGCGGGCCACGUUCCUCCAGGCCGACCUGCGGCGGCCGCUGCUCGGGCUCGAUGAGGCGACGUACGAGAGGCUGCGCUCACAGGUCGGUCUCGUUGUGCAUAACGCGUGGCCCGUCAACUUCAAUCUGGGGCUGACCGCCUUCCGGCCGGAGCUGGUCGGGCUCGUCAACCUGCUUCACCUCUGCGCAGCCGCCAGCCCAGAGCGCACCGCCUCUUUUGUCUUCAUCUCGUCGGUCGGCGCCGUGGGCACUCGCCUGUCUACAGCCGCGCCGGCCUCUCCUGCGCCCGAGAAGUUGCUGCCCCUCAGCGACGCCCCAACCUCGAACGGCUAUGCACGGAGCAAGUUCCUGUCCGAGCUGCUGUGCGAUACUGCAGCACGACGCCUCGGGAUCCCCAUCACCAUCGCCCGCGUCGGCCAGGUAGCUGGCCCUGUCCGGCGGGCAGGCGGCGGCGAGUGGAACCGCAAGGAGUGGCUCCCCAGCCUCGUCAUCGGGUCUCUUGCGAUGGGCUGCCUCCCCGAGCAGCUUGGCCCUCAGUUCUCGGAGAUCGACUGGCUGCCCGUGGACCUGCUGGCCGAUGUCCUGGCCGACCUCGCCACGGCAGACCAAGCCGACUCGGAAGAACCCAGCGAGCCGCACAGGGCGCAGGUCUACAACCUGCGCAACCCCCACACCACGACCUGGGCGUCGCUGCUGCCUUGCAUCAUUGAGACGGUGAAGGCGAGCCGCGGCCCCCAGCAGCAGGUGCCCAAAGUUGUGCCGCCGUCUGCGUGGCUGGCGCGGCUGGAGGCGGCGUCCACGUCCGCCGACGACGCGGUACUCGUGACGAACCCAGCCAUCCGGCUCAUCGAUUUCUACCGAGACGAGGUGCGGGGUGUGGAUGAGCGCGCUAAGACGCCGCCGAUGGCGAUCGAGCGGGCGCUGGCCCGCAGCGAGGCUCUUCGUGGGGUGGAGGGGGUCGGCCCGGAGUGGAUGCAAAGGUGGGUGAAGGAGUGGAUGGCGUGAGAGCCGAAUCCUUGGUCACGAUGGAGCUUCUUGGAAUGUGAGGUGACUGUAAUACUGCUUACUAUUUAAAACUACAGCAUAUUAAAGCUAUCACUCAAAAUCUCCUAGUAUAGUUAAGGUAUUACUGUCAGUCUCUCAGAUGUACAGUGAGAUGGCUUCGCAGCUCUAUGUAAGGCCAAAAUAAAAGAGGACCAAAAGAAAAACAAAAAAAGAAGAAAAGAUCAUCUGC